AUGGCUGAAGAUAACCCACCCAUCUUCAACUACAUUCUCAGUUUCAUUCUGGUUGGCCUGGCAUGGGGGUUCACCACACCCUUCAUCAGAAGGGCUGCGCGCACGCACACGCCUCCGCCGCAUCAUACGCUGGACCACCCAUCCAUCAAAGAUAGCUGGCUCAAGAGAAAGCUGUACGGCGCAUUCUUUGGCGUGGUUGACUUGUUGAGGAACCCGCGAUACGCUGUACCGCUACUGCUGAACCUCAGCGGCAGUAUCUGGUUCUUCCUAUUAAUUGGACAAGCUGAACUCAGCUUGACCGUUCCCAUUGUGAACACUAUGGCGUUCUUGUUCACGGUUCUUGGCGAGUGGUAUGUGGAGAAGAAGGUGAUCAGCAGGGAUACGGCAGUCGGCAUGAUGUUCUCGCUGGUCGGGAUUGGGCUCUGUGUGUCGAGCAAACAGUAA